AUGAGCAAGAUCCUGGAAUUGUUGACGAACAAAAGAAAAGCAGUGCAGAAUGAUCCGGAGAUAGAUAUGGAUCCUGCUCAUCCUCUAGGGUUUACCCCAGUACGUGGACAAACGUCAGCUCCACUACCUGGCGUCAUGGAGGGUUCAAUGCCAAGUAUACCCCCGUUCAUCCCCAAUAUACCAGCACAGGGGUUUCCAGUAGUGGGGACUCCCCCAUUAGUAGCUUCUGAUCUGGGGAUGAACAGAUCUGAAACUGAACGUCGAUACGAAGUACUAGAGGAACGUCUGAAAGCUAUUGAGGGAUCCAAUACAUUCGACUCUGUAGAUCCCAAUGAUCUGUGUCUCGUGCCAAAGAUAGUUCAUACAGGAGGUAGACCCCAAAUUGUUCCUUCCGGGACCAUGCCCACCCAACCGAAUGUACGAACUCAUGAUAGAGGCAUCCAGAGAAAUACGAGAAGGAUAGAUCCUAUUCCAAUGACAUACUCAGAAUUAUUCCCACAAUUGAUGGAAAGGAACUUAGUUUCAGUCAUUCCUGGAAUGGUCAUUACGGCACCUUUUCCGCAAUGGUAUGACCCCGAAGCCAAAUGUGCAUAUCACGCUAAUACUCCCGGGCACACUAUUGAAUGGUGUUGGGCAUUUAAAAAUAAGGUUCAAACACUAAGAGAAGCCGGAUGGCUAGCAUUUGAUGAUAAACAACCAAGAAUUCAAGGGAACCCUCUGCCCAAUCAUGGGGGUAACAAUGUUGAAAUGAUAGAAGAAGGGACGAAUGAGGUGGAUUUUGAACAAAUGUCUUUAGAUUGGGUGUUCAAUGAACUUAUUGCGGUAGGUCGGAUAGGGCAGGAGGCCAUUUGCCCCACUAAUGCACUUUGUUUAUGUCAGAGUAAAGAAGGAAGAUCUGUGAAACAGUGUGUGACUUUUAGAAUGUUUUUGCAAAAGAUGGUGGAUAACAAGUUUAUAGAGAUCGGUUGUACCCGCAAAACUGGAGAGAUUGCAGUCAUUGGGGAAAACAGGCCAGAAGCGCCAGCUCGCUUGGUGAUCUCUACUCCCAGGCCAUUCCCAUACAAGAGUAACCAAGCAGUACCCUGGAAAUAUGAAUGCGAAGCGUAUGUCGAAGGAAGCACCAGCAAUAUAGCAGGGCUAAAAGGGAUAACUCGAAGUGGUAGGGUGUAUAUGCCAGAUUCUUUUAAAGCAAACCGACAGAAUGCAGGGGAACCAGACAGGGCAGUGAGAAGUCCAAUAUCCAAUGGAGAGGCCGAAGAAUUCCUGAAGAUAAUAAAGCAUAGCGAGUACAACAUUGUGGACCAACUAAAGAAAAUGCCGGCUCACAUAUCUGUUUUGUCACUUCUACUAAAUUCAGAGACCCAUCGGGAGGCGUUACUUAAAGUCCUAAAUCAAGCUUACAUUCCCCAAGAUAUCAGCGUUGAUAAAUUCAAUCAUGUGAUCGGAAGUCUGGCAGCCUCCAACUACAUCACUUUUACUGAUGAAGAAAUUCCGCCAGAAGGCCAGGGGCACAACAAGGCGCUGCAUAUAUCCACCAAAUGUAAGGAUCAUAUGAUGUCUCGAGUCUUGAUAGAUAAUGGGUCAUCCCUCAAUGUUAUGCCAAUGACUACACUGCAAAGGUUACCCAUUGAUCCUUCUUAUGUGACACCAAACAAUUUGGUGGUGCGUGCCUUCGAUGGAACACGAAGAGAGUCAGUAGGGUCGCUUGACAUCCCUAUUCAGAUUGGGCCCGUAACCUUCAAUAUCACUUUUCAAGUCAUGGAUAUUACACCUUCAUAG